GAGAAGAGGAACUUUGAGCCCAGAACGGCGUAUGUGGUGGAGGGUCUGCGCGCAAACACCGAAUACACCUUCUCUCUGGCCGCCGUUUCCAACAAAGGCAUCGGAGCGUUCACCAACGAGAUCAGCCAGCGCACGGCGCAAGCAAAGCCCACGUCUCCUCCGGCUCAGGUCCGCUGCUCCUCCGUCAGCUCCUCCUCCCUGUCGGUGAGCUGGGCUCCGGCGCCGGAGGAGCAGCAGAACUCGCCGCUGCUCGGGUAUGAGGUGUGUUAUCAGCUCAGUGGCGGCGGAGACUUAGUGCAGACGCUGCGUCUGGAGCCGGACGCGGGACAGGCGCUCCUGAAGGGCCUGCGGCGAUGGAGCUCAUACCUCCUCACGGUGGCAGCGCUGACGGAGCAGGGCCUCGGACCCCAGAGCCCAGCCGUAGAGUGCAGAACCGAUGAGGACGUGCCCGGAGCUCCACCCCGUCAGGUGGACGUCCAGCCGAUAAACAGCACCUGUGUUAAAGUGUCGUGGCGCUCUGUGUUGCCGGGGCAACGGAACGGGCAGAUCCGCGGUUACCAGGUUCAUUACGCGCGUGUGGAGAACGGGGAGUCACACGGCCUGCCGCGCAUCAGAGACAUGAUGCUGGACGACACCCAGAGGGACGUGGAUGAGACGGCACAAUAUGAGCUGAUCAUUGAGGAUCUGCAGCCUGAGACGCUUUACUCCAUCAGUGUGGCGGCUUACACCAUCAGAGGAGACGGAGCUCAGAGCCUCGCUCAUCUGGUGCAGACGCCCGUCACAUUGUGGCGGCUUACACCAUCAGAGGAGACGGAGCUCAGAGCCUCGCUCAUCUGUGUGUACUCCAUCAGUGUGGCGGCUUACACCAUCAGAGGAGACGGAGCUCAGAGCCUCGCUCAUCUGGUGCAGACGCCCGUCACAUUGCCGGCUUGCCCCGUUCUGUCGGUGCAUCUGGUUAACGAGACGUCGGCGUCUGUGAUCUGGACGACCCAACCAUCCUCCAACCCUCUGCAGGAGAUCCGGGGCUUCCGUCUGACCUACGGCCUCAAAAACCACUCGCGCUCGUUCUCUGUGGACGUCAGAGCCGAGGAGCGCCGGCGCGACGUGAGCGACCUGCGUCCUGGAGGCGUGUACUCGUUCCUCCUGGCCGCUAGAGGGCGCUCUGGCUACGGCGAGCCGGCGGAGGAGGAGCUGUCGGUGCCGGAGUUUCCUCCCAGAGGUUUCCCGCAGCUGUUGGAGCGAGCGAACGCCACAUGCUGCUCGCUGCAGUUCUCCUGGAUUCCUCCGGGCGGCGCUUAUACGGGAUACACGCUCGCGUACGAGGAAGCGGGAGGCGGCGUUGAACCGCGGACGCUAACGGUGCCGGCGGACGCGUGUAGCUACACCAUUCACGGGCUGAACCCGGACCAGGCGUACGCUGUGAGAAUAUCGGCUCAUAACGGCGCCGGGUCUGGCCCGUUUAGCCCACAGGUGCGGUUCCGAACCACAGCCUUCGACACAGACGUGCCGAGGAACUUCUCUGUGAAUCUGGCGACGAAGACGAGUGUGUUGCUGACGUGGGAGUUCCCGGAGAACAGCGCCCCCUAUCGCUUCACCGUGGAGUAUAACCGGCAGAAGAUGGAGGUGGACGCUCGUCUGAGGAAAGCGGUGAUUCCCAACCUUCAGCCGGACACCAGUUACGACUUCAAGAUCACCAGUCCCGAGGGGAACAUGGGAGGACUGAGACACCGCAUCCACGCCAAGACCUCGCCACCCAUCCUGAUCCGCCGGCCCGAGCUGGACCUCACGCGAGAAGCCGAGGCCACAGUCACCAUCAUCCUGCCCUCGCUGGACACCCGGAGCCACGUCAGGAACAUCUAUGUGGUGGUGGUUCCUCUGAAGAGAGCCCGCGGAGUGAUCCGCCAUCUGAAGAGCCCAGACGAGAUGGACCUGGAGGAGCUGCUGAAGGACAUCAGCCAGAAGCAGCGGGACCCGCGGCAGCGUCAGGUGGACCUGCGGAGAGCCUACAUCACGGCCCGCUUCACGCCCGCCACCCUGCCCGGCUUCUUCACGCUGGGGAACCAGCAGGACUAUGGCGGCUUCGAGAACCGGGCCUUAGAGUCCGGCCAGGAGUACGUGUUCUUCAUCCUGGCGGAGCUCAACUCCACCACUGGGAUGUUUGUGGCCAGCCCUUACACCGACCCCGUGAUCGCGCCGGACUCGGACCCACAGCCGCUGGACGCGAGCGACGGGCUGAUCUGGGUUCUGGGACCCGUCCUGGCCGUCGUCUUCAUCGUCUGCAUCGUCAUCGCCAUCCUGCUCUACAAGAAUAAACCCGACAGCAAACGCAAGGACUCUGAGCCGGGAACCAAAUGUUUGCUGAACAAUGCUGAGAUGAUGGCUCAUCAUCCCACCGACCCCGUGGAGAUGAGACGCAUCAACUUCCAGACACCAGGUAUGAUGAGUCACCCCCCCAUCCCCAUCUCUGAUCUGCCCGAACACACGGAGCGCCUGAAGGCCAACGACAACCUGCAUCUGUCACAGGAGUACGAGUCGAUUGAUCCUGGUCAGCAGUUCACAUGGGAACACUCGAACCUGGAGGUGAACAAGCCGAAGAACCGCUACGCUAACGUGAUCGCGUACGACCACACGCGUGUGAUCCUCGCGCCGGCAGACGGCAUUAUGGGUAGUGACUACAUCAACGCGAACUACAUCGACGGCUACCGGAAGCAGAACGCGUACAUCGCCACGCAGGGGCCGCUGCCCGAGAGCUUCGGGGACUUCUGGAGGAUGGUGUGGGAGCAGAGAGCCGCGUCCGUCGUCAUGAUGACCAAACUCGAGGAGAAGUCGCGGAUCAAGUGUGACCAGUACUGGCCCAGCCGCGGCACGGACUCGUACGGGGCGGUUCAGGUCUCUCUGCUGGACACCAUGGAGCUGGCCACGUUCUGUGUGCGAACCUUCUCUCUGCAUAAGAACGGCUGUAACGAGAGGAGGGAAGUCCGACAGUUCCAGUUUACAGCUUGGCCCGACCACGGCGUUCCCGAAUAUCCCACUCCAUUCCUGGCCUUCCUCCGCAGGGUGAAAGCCUGCAACCCUCCCGACGCCGGCCCCGUCAUCGUCCACUGCAGCGCCGGCGUGGGCCGCACCGGCUGCUUCAUCGUGAUCGACGCCAUGCUGGAGCGGCUCCGCCACGAGCGCGUGGUGGACGUGUACGGUCACGUGACCCUGAUGCGCUCGCAGCGGAACUACAUGGUCCAGACGGAGGACCAGUACGGCUUCAUCCACGAGGCGCUGCUGGAGGCCGUGGCCUGCGGGAACACUGAGGUCGCGGCCCGGAGCCUGUGCUCGUACAUACAGACGCUCGCGCAGGUGGAGCCCGGAGAACACGUCAGCGGGAUGGAGCUCGAGUUCAAGCGUCUGGCCAACACUAAAGCACACACCUCCAGGUUCGUCAGUGCUAAUCUGCCCUGCAACAAGUUCAAGAACCGGCUGGUGAACAUCAUGCCGUACGAAACCACACGCGUGUGUCUGCAGCCAAUCAGAGGCCUGGAAGGGUCCGACUACAUCAACGCCAGCUUCAUCGACGGAUACAGGCAGCAGAAAGCGUAUAUCGCCACGCAGGGGCCGCUGGCGGAGACAACGGAGGACUUCUGGAGGACCCUGUGGGAACACAACUCCACCAUCGUGGUCAUGCUGACCAAACUGCGUGAGAUGGGACGGGAGAAGUGUCAUCAGUACUGGCCGGCGGAGCGUUCGGCUCGCUAUCAGUACUUCGUGGUGGAUCCCAUGGCAGAGUACAACAUGCCACAGUACAUCCUGCGAGAGUUCAAAGUCACCGACGCCAGGGACGGACAGUCCAGAACCGUCAGACAGUUCCAGUUCACCGAUUGGCCAGAACAAGGUGUUCCAAAGUCGGGGGAGGGUUUCAUUGAUUUCAUUGGACAGGUGCAUAAAACCAAGGAGCAGUUUGGUCAGGAUGGACCAAUCACAGUCCACUGCAGUGCGGGCGUCGGGCGCACAGGUGUGUUCAUCACUCUCAGUAUCGUGCUGGAGCGCAUGCGUUACGAGGGCGCCGUCGACAUCUUCCAGACCGUCAAAAUGCUGCGCACGCAGCGGCCGGCGAUGGUGCAGACUGAGGACGAGUAUCAGUUCUGCUAUCAGGCCGGCCUCGAGUACCUUGGAAGUUUUGAUCACUAUGCAACAUAAGAGAAGAAGAACGCCAAGAACAUGUGAGGAACACCUUC